GCAAAUGACAGGUGACGUUUAAAUUACGUUAAAAAUUUGGUUUGACACCAUAUACUACACUUGUUAAGAGAGAUGCACAACCAAAACUAUAUUUGAUAAAGAAAGAUGGAUCAUCAUAUGAAACCCGGAAUGAACAGAGCUCUACAAACCUCAUAUCUCAUUAAUGGCAAUGGUCUGAAUAGAAUCCAAAUAAAAUUAACUCGUGUUCGAAAAUUAUCGAUAGUUCAAGAUUUUCGAAAGAGCUCUCGAAACAUUCAAUAUCGACGGUUUUGUAUUUUCAAACUGCAAGUAUAUAAAGAAUUUUAAUCGAAAAUUUAUUUUACAAAGCAACUUUUGGGACCCCUGUACAAGUGACAGAUCUUGGAGUUUGAUAUGAUAUAUGACAAGAUUCAGGAAGUGGGAGGCAGGCAGGUGAAAGCUCCAAAACUUGCUCCCCAAAAAAAACUUAUUACAAAAAAUAUCUCAUGAAAUCAUUAAAAAAAUUGCUAUGAUCUUAAACUGUUAACAUGGGAUUUGAACUUAACAGAUUUCAAGGAGAAGUAGAUGAAGAACUGGUGUGUCCUAUAUGUUCAGGUGUUUUGGAGGAUCCUAUCCAGGCUCUUGUCUGUGAACAUGCAUUUUGUAAAGCUUGUAUAACAGAGUGGAUUUCCAGACAACCAACCUGUCCAGUUGACCGGCAGAUUGUAACUUCUCCACAAUUGCGACAAGUACCAAGAAUAAUAAGGAACCUACUAUCAAGACUAUGCAUAACUUGUGAUAAUGCCCAAUAUGGGUGUACCCGUGUGCUAAAAUUGGAUGCUCUAGCCACACAUUUGGAAGAAUGUGAACAUAAUCCGAAAAGGCCACUUCCUUGUGAACAGGGCUGUGGACUUAUUAUCCCUAAGGAUGAAUUAAAAGACCAUAACUGUGUAAAGGAGUUAAGAGCUCUAAUACAUACUCAACAACAAAAAUUGAGUGAAUUUCAACAGGAAAUGACUGAACAAAGGUUCCUGAUAGUAGAACAGAGAAGGGAGAUGCAAUUACUUAAGGAUUUUAUGAGAGCAAUGAGGAUAUCGAAUCCCUCUAUGAGGGCAAUAGCUGAUGCCAUGGAGAGAGACGAAGUACUGCGUUGGAGUAAUUCAUUACAAAGGGCCAGGGUUACAAGAUGGGGAGGAAUGAUAUCUACACCAGAUGAAAUAUUACAGAGAAUGAUAAAAAGGACAUUAACAGAAAUGGGAUGUCCACCACAUAUUCUCGAUGACUUAAUGGAAAACUGUCACGAACGUAGAUGGCCCCCAGGUUUGUGUUCUCUGGAAACCAGGCAAAAUAAUCGUAGGCAAUAUGAGAACUAUGUAUGUAAGAGAGUACCUGGUAAACAAGCAGUUUUGGUUUUAGCCUGUGACAAUAGACAUAUGGGUGAAGAUAUGAUGGUUGAACCAGGUUUGGUUAUGAUAUUUGCUCACGGUAUUGAGUGAAAUAUUUUGUGCUUUAUACAGAGUAACAGUACUAAUUGUGUGGUUUUAGUAAAUAUCUUCAUAUUUGUUAUGAUUGUAUUAUCUGACAUAUUAUUCCUGCAUAUCUACAACAAUAUUUUUGUGUCUGACAGAACUUGUUAGCUGACUGGAUGUAUCAAAUUGCAGGUUAUAUUAAUAAUAGAAACUUUGCAGGCUCAGUAUCUCCUUCUACUCCAAGACUUUCAAACUUGUGAAUAUUUGAAAUAAUUAAAUUCGAAUUUCUGAAACUAGUGAUGAUAUUAAUACUAAACACACUGUUUAUUACCACUUCACUGACAUUUAUAUUCCUGGCAUGUGGGUAAACUGUUAAAGUGUCCCUAAAGAUAACGGAUAGUAUAAUGGUAAGUCUAGGUGUAGUUAUAGAAAACAGCGUAUCAGUAUUUGAAAUGAUAUAUUCUGUUUUACUUGACGUUCACGUAUAAACCAAGUUAUUAUCUUUCGAGCUACAGCAGCAUAUCUUGGAACUGAGUUUAAAACAAAAAAAAAUUGAUAUUCUAAAGCCACAUGAUUAGUAAUAUUUAACAAAUAUUAUUUCAAAUAUAACCUUAGCUAACAUGGAUGGAAAAUGUUUAAUAACAGUAUUAUAUUUUAUUACUGAUUUAUACAGUACUGUCUGGUUAUUUUUUCGAUACAAAGAGAUUUACUCCUAUGGAGGAAUAAUUUUUAAAAUCAAAGAAACACUCUUAUUUCUAGUUAAUUAAAGCACUAAACUUAUUUCCAACAUUCUGAAUUUAUUAAAUAGAUUUUUAAUAACUCUCUAUAGCUGUAAAAUCAAGUCUUCAGUUAAAAACUCUUCAUUUGGAAGUGGUAUUUGGCUUCAGCUCAAUUAUAUAUAACUAAUACUAAGAAGGAGUAAACAAUUUAUAACUAAUUGGACACCACUGAAUUUUUGGUGAAAUAAAAAUUGAAUUCAUUUAAAAACUGAAGUAACUGGAAGCACCUUAAUUUAAUUAAUGAUGUGAUCCCUGAACAUGAUCUUUUGAAUCAAUAUAAAUUGCUACAAUCAUUAAAAAACGGAACAAACCAAUUAUAUGGUAAAAAUACCUACUCCAGACUUCCAUGCACUACAGUUAAGGAACAGCUAGGUUUUCAAGAUCUCAUUCAUGGUCUAUUGAUGAAUCGGUGGUCGGUAGGGGUGUUUUGACCUGGUAAUCUAACCUUUAUAAAUCUAUGAACAAAAAUGAAUUAAAGAAGAAAAAAAAAUGCGGUGGAGAACUAAGAAAGAAACACAAAGAUAGAAUCUGAGCAAAAAGAGGCUGUUCUGUUCACAAAUUGAUCAGAAAAUGUACCGCAAAGUAAAAAGAUAUAUUAGAAAAACUCAACUUACCAGCAAUUGUAAGGAAAUAUGACCACAAUAUAAUUUGAACAAAUAUUAUAACUCUAGGAGGCAGUAGGGGAAGAAAUAUAUAAAUAUAAUUUUUCUAUCUAAAUAGACUCGAAUAGAUUGACAAAAUACUGUGUAUUUAUUUUUUGUGGUAAUUACUGGGCCACAAUAAUUACUUAAAUAGGAUAUGUAUUUGACAGAAAAUGUAAGAGGCCAAUUGUUAUGUUGGGUAUUUGAUGCAUAUAAGAUUUACAAAAACAAAUAAAAUUAAUACCAAAGUAAUAUCAGCUUGAGAUGAAAAAUAUUAGUAACAGGAACAAACAUUUUUCAAGACCUGAAAAAAUAUAGUGAUACAAAUCACUUGAAGAAAUAUGACUUCAGUCCUUACCUAUUUUGAUACAAUUUAUUCGAUUUUUCAAUGUAGUCUUCCUUGAAAUAUUUAAGUUAUAGGAUAUAACAUAAAAAAUUAAUACCUAUCAAAAUUUUUCAAAAUAUUUUCAGUUAGUUUUUUAACUUUAUUUCUCAUCACUUUCAUAACUACUAAUGUUUUUUAUUGCCUGGACGUUAUUUGAUUUAUAUUUGAUCCAAUAAAUAACUACAUUGUUUCUAUAUAAUUUUUUGGUUAUCAAAGACAAAAUUGACAUUAUUUAUUAAUCUUAUGAUAAACUCCUGGACAAAAUUAACGCUCAAUUUCAAUUAAUCUAAACAUUUACAACAUAAGCACAAUUAAACUAAGUUACAUUGGAAUAAUAGUGAAAACUUACAAGUUAGUCGAUCAUGACCUUAACAUGACCUUUAUAUGCCUUAUUUUUUCCAUAAAAGUUUGUUAUAUGCAUAAAUAAGCUAUCAUACCUCCAUCAGUAGAAGAGAAUAAAUGCAUAUGGCUCAACCCUAAUAAUACUAAUAUAAUAUAAUAAUAAUAAUAAUAAUAAUAAUAAUAAUAAUAAUAAUAAUUUUUAUAUUUAAUUUAAUUUAAUAAUUUUUAUUUCUUAUCACUGUAUCGUGGCAUCCUUGAUAUCAAAUGUUCAACAAAAGCUUGCGGUAUAUUCUCCCAUUCUUCAAUAGCGCCCUCUAUGAGUUACUUGUGAUUAAGGGGACUGUGACUUCCAUCCUCUUUUUGAGAUUUUCCCAUAGAUGUUCUAUAGGAUUUUUAUCAGGACUGUUAGGUGGUCACUCUAAUAAAGUGAUAUUGACAUCAUUUUAGUAGCCAAUACCCUGCCUAGCCACGUGGGGACCAGCUUUGUCCUACAUGAAUAAAAGAUUAGGUCGAACAAAAGGAGCAACAGGCAUUACAUUACAUGUCUGGGUAUUUACAGACCUCGAACGUAUGGAAACUAAUUCCGUACGAGCAUCGAAGCAUAUUUCUUCCCAAAAUAUUUUAGAGCCACCACCAAAAGGUACUUUAGGAGAGAUAUUACAGCCGGCAAACCUUUCUCCUUGCCUUCGCCAGACAGUCACGUCCAUCUAGAGCUUUAAGGCUAACUCUAGUUUCAUCGGAAAACAACCCGUUUCCAAUCAUUGAUGGUCCAAUUUGGAUGUAGUCAUGCAAAAUUUAAUCUCUGAACUUUGUGUUCUCUGGUAAGCAAGGAUUUUUUUGGCUGGUUUUCUGUUGCUUAACCAUGCUUCAUGCAAAACGUCUUCUAACCGUUCAAGACGAUAUACCAAUAUUUCAAACAUCUGACAAUUCAUUUUUUAGCAGAUUGCUGGUGACUCUCCUGUUACUGAGAGCACGUUGUGUCAAAAAACAAUCAUCAAUUUGAUUAGUGGAACGUUUUCACCGUUCUCCUGGUCUUCGACGGUAGAAAUCCGUUUCAUUAUGUCGCCUCACUAGGCGACUGAUGCUGGAAUGAUGUCCUAACAAACCAGCGACAUAUCUCACUGAAUAUCAUUCAUUCAGAAGAGUCGAUGCUGUUGCAUUAAUUUUUCAAUCAAUUAAUUAAUUUGAUUAAUUUUAAUCAGAUCACAUUAAUCUUGAUUAGAAUAACCACGAUUAAAAAAGUAAUCUUAAUCAUGAUUAUUGACGUUAAUCAUUAAUUGAUUAACUUGAUUAUAAAUUAAUACAUCCAUCAAUGUUAUUGAUUCUAUACAGAAGAAAUGAUGGAAAAUAAUGAAACACAUUUCUUAAAAUAUUUUUAUUAAUUAUUCGAACAAAAAAUUAAUUUCUAACGUUCAUACACACUAAAUUUUAAUUUUGAAGAAUAUUUUCAAUCAACUAACCUCCGAUCUUUACAUCUCUGGUUUCUUGAUGCUCAAGUUACAUUUCAUAGUUAUUUUUUUUUUAAUAAGUCUUCAGAUAAUUUGUGUGACCUAGGUUUAUUUAGCAUAGUUGCAAAAGAAAUCAUUCUUUCUACCGAGCCAGAGGACGGCAUUGGUGUAUGGUUCUUAAGAAACACUUUGCCUAUAACAGGAUAACUUUGUAGGAGCUCUCGUUCUUGGCUUCCGUCGGCAAAAAAAAUUUAAAUGAUCAUAUCUGCUCUCUUUUUAGCAUCAAUUGAUUCCGCUUCACUGCCAGAGUCAGAAUUAAAAUAAAAAAACUCGUCUUCUUGGUGGUGUGUAUUAUUGGCUGCAGUGUUGACUGUUAAAAGCUCUAGGAUUUCUGAUAUUUCCUUCCUUACGACUGAUUUAAAAAUGUUUAUACACUUCGUUUGAUCAGCGGCAGUCAGACAUACUAGCCACUUUUUUUUAAAUCUUGGGUAACACAGAACUGCAACGGCUGCAUAUUUACUAGUUUCACUCGAAUGUUUACAUUUUAAAUUAAUUGUUUUCUUAUACAGAAUUCCAUUUUGGUCCAUUUAUUACUGCUUUUGAAGUAGCAUUUUUAUGUAUUGCAUAAGCUGAUAGUGUUGCUCUUCCAAUAAAUUAAAUAAAUAAAUAAGUAGUGAAUAGUUAAUCAAAUUCACGAUUGAAGAUUAUGAUUAAUUAAUCUUGAUAAAAUUUUCUGAUUAUGAUUUUCAAUCAUUAAUUUUUAAUAGUCAAUCAGAUUAACUUUGGGCGAAUACUGGUUUAAGCAAAUGUCAACACAGUUUUAGUCAAUUAUACUGUCAAUUAUAUGAUAUUGUAGUUAACUUAAAUAACAACUGUCACUGUCAAACAAGCUCUAUAGUCUACUUAUCGUACAGUAAGUUAUCGAUAAAUAAAGAAUAUGGAGAAAAACACGAGUGGUGUGUGAAUUUGGUCCAGGAGUUUAUUAAGUUUUAUAUCGUGUAAUCGCACAAAAUAAAAUAAUCGCUCAAAAAAUUGAGGGUUAAAUUGCCGCUCUAUUGAAAAUCAAACUUGAUCCAUGUUAGUUUGAUCAGGUUAUAGUAUGUUUUAAAGCAAAUAUACAUUCCUGUUUUCGUAUUGUGUGACAAAAUUUAUUACAUUGACGUGUGACUGAUUUUCUCAUUAUUGCUAAUCGAAGUGAUCUGUCUUUAAAAAAACAACAUGUGCAAGAAGUUAGGUUUUUAUAAGACUGCUUUACGUGCUUGUUAAUUUUUAAUAAAAUAAUUUCGGGGCAAAAUUGUUCUAUUUCAUCAGUUGUAAAACACCAUGUAUUUUAUAUUAAACGAUGUAUUCAAAUUAUUAAACAUUGCAUGCCAGCGAAGCGAAUUUCCUAAUAACUUAAUAAUUUUAUUUAUCUUAUUAUUUUGUUCACAGUUCAUUUUCAUAUGUUAUUGAGCGACAGUCUCUUUCUAAUGUUACACGUACAAUUUUGUUUAUUCCUUAGUUUAAUUUACAAAGUUUUCCAAAACAACUAUCAAUUUAAUCGAAUCUGUUCGUUGUUGCUUGAGAUAAGCGAAUAUAUCAAAAUUCAUUUUUCGUAAACUGGUUAGAGUCAAUUAUGAUCUAAUGUUUACGACCGGUUUCAUAAUCCCAUCCUAACUAGCACUUUAACUAAAAGUUCCUUCAAAUUAAAAGGCCCUUUAACUAAGUUGUUAAAGUGAAUUGGUCCGAUAAUAAAUUUGUAACGGUGUCUCAAGUAAAGGCUCCUUUAUGACGUUGAAAGAAGGCUGACAAUACUCUCAUUUUCCAAUAUGUGUCGUUAGAAAAAGAAAUAAAAUGAAACGCAGAAGUGAGUGUUAUUGGUCGCUAACAUUUUUUUUGGCUUGAUCUUUGGUGGUGUGCUAUAUUUGCCAAUUUAAUUAUUAAAUUCCAUUUUUCUGUUCAGUUUUUCUAUUCAAUGAUUUUCUUAUCAUUUUUAAUCGCAAUUAUUAAAUCUGUUAUAUUAUAGACGAACAAUUUUUAUUUCUACGACGGUCCUUGUUCUCAUAAUAUAUUUAUCGUAUAAAUUUUCAGUGUUUGCAUUCACGUUUUCCAAUUUUUUCAUGAGAUAUGUCUGAUUACGAUUAACGAAAAAUACGAAGUAGGCGGCGUCUGUUGAUUUUCAUUCAAACUUCAAUAAACACAGAAUACGAAUUAGUUUUGUUUUAUAAGAAAUAGAAAGUGUUAUUUGAAAUUUUAAUCUAAACUGUAGAAUAAUAUACCUGUUUAAAGUGCUUUUCUAAGGUAAAAAGAAAAAUUUGUAGUGUUAUAAAUGUACUGCUCGUUAAAAUCCCAUUCUAGUGGCCAAUAAAACUCUUGCACUUUUUUGGUAGUUUCGUAUAUAUAUUUAAGUCUCUUCCUCCCGUACUCACAUGAAUAAUUGCAUUUCUAAUCUUUAACUUCAUCAUUCAGAUUAAUUGUGGUCUGAUGAGGCUGGGAUGUUAGACCUGAUAUCAGUAGACACAAACUUUAAUGAUUUUUGUUCCUUUUAAGCCACAUAAAAAACUUAAAAAACCGCUUCACUUUCUUUUAAUAGUCUGCUUCUGACUCCAUUAUAUUGCAUGCUGUUAGAAAAGGUUACUUGAAGUUUUAUCAUCUUUAGACCAAUUCUCAAAUUGCAAAAAUAGAGAAAAUCUCGCCAAAAUCACUGAAAACACAUUAAAAAAACUAAAUAUCAUCAAACAACCUCAGAGAUUGUAUUGUUGUUCACCGUUAUAGAAGCCAAAUUCAGCGCCAUCUAAUGACACGUGGUAACCGCCAAUAUUUGCUGUCACCCAUUAGAAGCACUGUUAUUGAGUAUUUAUCUUGUCGUGAAUGGAACCUGGCUAACGAGCUACUAUGCUACGAAACCGAAGCCGAGUAUCAGAUACAAUUUGUACUUUUUUAUCUAUGUCCAUAUAUUUUUUUCUUCGCAUGGGUUGGAAGUAGCUAUUCUAGCUGUGUCAUAAACCUUUUUAUUUGUAAUAUCAACUAUAUGAAUGAUAUAUAUAUAUAUAUAUAUAUAUAUAUAUAUAUAUAUAUAUAUAUAUAUAUAUAUAUAUCUUCACUUGCUCACCUCAUUUUCCUUGUUCUCUCAAUUAUUUAAAUUCCAAUUUAUUUUCCAAAAAUACGAUGACUUUGUUACUUUUUAAAAACUAUAACACCGUAUGAAAGUACUCAGAAAAUCCAUAAAGAGAUGAUUUAUUAAAACAAAUCGAAAAUUAACAGUUUUAAAAUGGAGUAAAGAAAUUUAAAAAUGAUUUUUUUUACUUUUUUUGUCAUGUUCGGUAGAAGUUUCUCUUAUUAACACGUUGACUGCCAACUACGAAAUAACUCGUCCGGUGUUUACUUGCCAUUUUUGUGCAGCUACGAUUAAACUCGGAAUAUAUAAGUGCUAAUAUCGGUAGAUGGCUUCUGGGAAAAGUAAAAAAAUCAAUGCUGGCUUGCAUGAACACAAAAUUUAUUAAAAAAACGAACAAAAAAUAUAAUUAUAAAAAUUAGUUCACGAAAUAAAAUAAUAUUUUAUUGUUUGUGUAACUUCUUAAAGCAAUCCUCCACACAAAGGUCUGGCUUUUCUUUACAUGCUGGACAGAAAUAAGGCGUUUUUCUGCGUUUUUUUGCUUGGGUACAUAUACGACAUGGCUUUGUCGAACUCACAUAGUUCAUAUAGGUUUGAUACCAUAUUUGUGUUUUUUAUUUUUUUAUAUAUUGGCGGAAAAGCAAUUUUCCCCGCCACAGCAUUAUGGAUUCAUCAAUACAAAGAUUUUUAUCGGAUACAUAUUUUUCACGCAUAAUAUUAUUGAAAUGAUUUAGUAUUGGUCUCACCUUGUAUAAUCUGUCGGCAGAUAGUAUUAAGUUAUCAACCAAAUGAAAAUAACAAAGUAACAACUGGAAUCGCUUUCGACUUAUAUGUGAACGCCAAAAAUUUACAUUCAAUUUAUGGAAAAGUACAAGGUACCAUUUGCAACAAAAGUCCAAUAAAAACUUUCAUCUCCGCAACACUGACGUCUUGCCAAUUGGAUAACCUAUUAGAUUUUUUCAUUUCAUUCCGUUUUUCAAUUUCUUGCGCAGCAUAUAAAUGAGUUUGUUCCACAAGUAAUGUAAAAAAUUCAUCCAAAAAAAAUAAGUCCACCAGCGUUUGUACUGUAAAAUUUGUCGUAUCCAAUUUCACACCAACAUUUUCUUGGAAAAUAAAUAAUUCAGGAUUUUGUUCAAUUUCUGUCCACAAAUUAUCUUUCGCAUUUGAUGUUGCUUGGGAAUCAUCGACAUUAUCUUUAGAUUCGGGAUCAACUUCAGGUUCGGAGACGACUUCAUCUUCACUUGAAUUAUCAGAAGGUUCAUAAUCGCUACUGUCGUUACCAUCCUCGUCAAAAAUUCCGUCAAAUACGGAAUCACUCAGAUAUCAUUUUGAGUCAGUGGACUUUUCUUAUCCAUAUUGGAUUAUUGAUAAUUUAAUUAUAAUAAUAAUUAUAAAACAAAACACUCAAGAAAGACGUAAAUGUAAUGCACUCGACAAUAUUUGAGAUAUUACUGACGAAUAUGAACGGAUAUAUAUGAUUUAGCUUUAGAGAAGCGACAGGUCGAAUCGUAUCUGUGCGUAUCUGCGUACGAAUUAACUCGUAGUUUCCUUCCGCGAAGAGAUUUAUGUUACAGAAGCUAACUACGAGAUAAUUAAAAAAAACACAUUUUUUAUGUGUUUCAUGAUAACUAUGCACUAGAAUUUGAGUUUUUAAUAAUAUAAUGUAAUUAAAUCAAAUUGUUAUUUGAAACGGAAUUCUGAACCUUGCCAUGGCAGUCAACGUAUUAACCCUCAAAUAUAGAUUUUUGACUUGUAGAUUAAACUAAGCUUGAUAUGCCUCGCAAAUCUUUGAAUUUGUACUCGAAUCAUACUUUUUCUCUCUCACUUUAAUAAAUUGGCCGCAAAUAUAACAAAACACCUCCUUAUAGCCAUUUUCCACAGAUUGAUAUAGUGAAAAAUGAUAUGAAAGACGUUAGUUCUAUGUAAUAUUCAAACACCAAAUUUCAUACAUAACGAGCGAUGCAUGAAACACUCCUCUCACGACCUCUUAUUUCUCUUUCUACACGAAUAGCGCGCGAAAACCGACAUUGAUUGGGCGCAAAAAACAAACAUUGUAAAAUCACUAAGUUCUUAAACAGCAAAAAAAAAUUUUUUUUGGCCCGUGUAAUCGACACCAACGAAACUUAUGGAGAAAUUUAGAUAAUAUAAGGUAUUUGAUGUGAUGUAAAAUAGUUUAAAAAAAUUCCCAAACCUUUUCAAAAACUUGUUAACUGGUUCAGCUUAGACUUCAAACAUAGCAUAUGUUUGAUUUGACGUUUGUCGCUAAAGGAGACUUUUAUGUGCUAAAGAGAAACAUUUCUGACUUUACCUCAAAGUUCAAAUUAAAAGAACAUUUAGGCUAAAUGUCAAUUAUGAAACACGCGGCUUCAUUUAAUGAAAAAUUUAAAUUUAAAGCUUCCCUUAAAUGUAUUAUGAAACCGGCCGUUAAUGGUGGAACCUAAUAUAAGGGAAAACGUGAUGUCAAAAUUGUAUAUUUAUUUUCCUGUACGUAUAUAUACAAGCAAUAGUACUUGUAAAAUUAUUUCGUAUAAAUACAUGAGACCAGUAUGUUACCUGGAACAUUGGAAAAUCAAUGUAAUUUUUUUCACCAACGUGAAAAUAAAUUAUAAUAAAUUUUAUAUUCUACUAGAGUCCCAUUUCACUUAGCCAGAUUAUAGUGGAAGUGAGGAUUUGUCUGUAACCCGCAUUUGCUUUUGCUAAUUAUGUUUUAAUUAAAAAGCAGUAAGCUGAGGUAUUCUAAUUGUACAUUUUUUUUGUUUUCAUUCUCCUUCCAUUAAUUUUUUCCACUCUUUUCGAUCCUUUGCUACUUCAUUCAUCUGCUUGUCUUCUCCCUUUGUUACUUUUCGUAACCAAGUUUUUCUUUUCGUCUCCUCUUAAAUCGUUUUGCUUCUGUCACUUUUCUUAUUAGGCUUUGUGAUGCUUCUCUUUGUAUCCGUAUCAGUUCAAAUUUCGUGCGAGUUUUGGGAUUUUAGUUUUCAUUCUUCUUCCAUCCAUUUUUUCUCUCUUUCCAAUCUUUUGCUACUCUAUUAAUAUGCUGUAUUGUUUUUCCUUGUCUUUCCCCGCUGCUACUUGUAGCCAAGAUUUUUUCCUUCUUUUCUUAUAUCAUUUUGCUUCUGUCACUUUUCUCUUGUUAGGCUUUGUGGUGUUUCUCUUUUUAUGUAUACGUAUCAGUUCAAAUUUCGAGGGUGAGAAUUUUGGGACUUUAGUUUUCAUCCCCCUUCUAUCCAUUUUUUCCACUCUUUCCGAUCCUUUGCUACUUCAUUCAUCUGUUAUAUUGUUUUCCCUUGUCUUCCUUCUUUACUACUUGUUGUAGCCAAGUUUUUCGUUCUUUUCUAAUAUCGUUUUGAUUCCGUCACUUUUACUAUUAGGCUUUGUGGUGUUUUUUUUGUUUGUAUCCGUAUCAGUUUAAAUUUCGAGCGUGAGAGUUUUGAGAUGUUAAUUUUCAUUCUUCUUCCAUCCAUUUUUUCUCUCUUUCCAAUCCUUUGCUACUCUAUUCAUCUGCUGUAUUGUUUUCCCUUGUCUUUCCCCUUUGCUACUUGUUGUAGACGAAGUUUUCUUUUAUUUCAUUUUUUUGCUUCUAUCACUCUCCUCUUGUUAGACUUUGUGGUGUUUCACUUUUUAUGUAUCCGUAUUGGUUUAAACAUCUUUUAACUAUUUUGUUUCCUAUUGGUUCUUGUUUGAACUUGUCUAAAAUUACCUCAUUUCGCAAUCUACCCAACCUCGUUUUCCUGCUAUUUUUCUCAGUUGCUUCAUAAUGCUGCUACUAUUCUACUCUGUAUUUUUUUGUUCAUUUCCAUAUACAUGUAUUAUUAACGUGGGAACAGUUAUCAAAUUGUAUACAUUUGUUUUUGUCUUCUCUUAUUUGUUUUUCCCGAAAAUUGUCUUAUUUGUUUUUCUUACAUUGUUCGCUAUAUCUCUUUUUCCAUCUUCUGUGAAAAUUACUCACAGAUAUUCAAAAUUGGUCACUUUAUCUGUUCUUGAUCCUUUCAUUUUUAAAUCUUUACCAUCUCCUCUUUUUUGAUUUAUUACCAUUCUUUCGCAUUUCUUGAUAUUCACUUCCAAUCUAAGAUCUUCUAUUGUCUUUAUCCAUAAGUCUACUUUUUCUUUUAUUUUCUUUAUUUGCUUUUGCUCCUUAAUUUGUGAAAUUAAAGACGAUAAGCUUGGAUAUUCUAAUUGUAAAAAAUAUGUACAAAAUAUAAACGCGAUGUAAGUUUGUGAAAUCAUAAUUUAAAAAGAAAAAACAAGUUUUGGCACUAAAAAUCUUUUUAAUAGAGUUAAGAAAUCGAGUAAAUUUCCUCGGUCUUGCUUUUAUACUAAUAGUCCAGGAAAUAAAUUUCGAAAUAAGGCAAAAUCUUGCAAUUUUUUCGUCUGGCAUCGAUUUGUACAAAAAUUUGGAUGUGCCGUUCGACGCUUUUCGUUUUUUAGAGUGAAAACUGAAAAAUCAUAAAAUAACAUUUUAAAUGUUAACAUGAGUAAAAUUUGGAUUUGGAUUAGUUGAAAAAGGAUUUGUUUUAUGCUAUAGGAAACAAUUUCAUCAUAAUUCAACCUUUAAAAACUACCCUUAAUAACAUAGCAAUUUAAUUGACCUAAAUAGAAAAAAAGUAGAAUUCCAUAGAAAAAAUUUAUUAAAACAUAUAUUUACAUACAUAGUCAUUCAUUAUAUAUAAUGAAAUUCAAAUCUGGCCCAUUAAUUUUCUCUUCAUCGAAGUCGAUGUCGUCUUCGUCCUCUUCAAUUGCAGUCUUCAUCCGAGCACCCAUAACAAGUGGAAUUGUAGUACAAUUUAAGUUUUCUGUACCCGCAUAAAGUGCCACGCCCUUUUUUGCAUUACAAAAGAUCAUUUUUCAACGGGUGCGGGCAUGUUAUUCAUCCGUACGGGGUAUAAUAAACCUUCAUUAAAAUCCCGUCUCCAAUCUGUUGCUCGGAUGUUUUUAUUUCGAGGCCACUGUUGAAUUUGAUAAUAGCAUCUUUUUGUUGUUUGUCUAAGCCAUCAACAAUGGGCAGAAUGGAAGAUAGCUUCACUACACUGUUUCUUGUUGUGGCUUUGACGAAAUGUUCAUACCGCAUCUGCUCGAGAAAAGCUUUCAAACCUUUAACUUGUUGAGCUGCGUAUUAAUUUGAUUUUGUAGGGCUUUUCAAGAGCUUCAAGACUAUAUGAGUUAAAUUCCUUAAUAUCCCUUAAUUUUUAGAUGGUGUGAGUUUAAAGGGCUCGGAUAAGGUGGUGUUCGCUCGUAAAUAGACGGCUAUAUCUCGCCAAAUAUUUACUGUGUACAAAAUCUACACACAGAAAAAUAUCAGUUAUUAGUAUUUUGAAGUAAACGGUGAAAAAUACGAAAUUGCAAAAAACCGUUUGCUCUUUAAACUCCAAUUUUUCUAAAAUUAUGCAUUUUAAAUAGGUCAAACUUCUUGAAUGUAUUGAUAAUACAUAUAUUAAGAGAAUCACAGAAGAGUGAAUAUAUAUUCUAAUUAGGAGAGUAGUUAGGGGGUUGUUUUUACGGAUUUUUUCAUAAAAAAAGUUGGAACCGACCUUAUUUUGAUCAUAAGUCACCCCAUUUUCAAGCUAGAGACUUUUCUUUAUUUUAAAGCUCUAAUUAUAUACUUUAAAAAACAUUCUAUGAAUUUUCCUCGAAAAAUGUUUUCUCGUUAUUUGGCUUUAAAUAUUUCAAAUUAUGCAUUUAUCGAAAAAAACUAACCAUUAACAUGCCGUAUCUCGGUUCGUGUUAGUCGUAGAAAAAUUAUAAGAAAAUGAUUUUAUUUGGUUUUUUAAAAGCUACAAUUUUAAUCUUUACAGUUUUUUUUGAUAGAACACAAAUUUUUCGAGUUAUUCGCAAAAAAACUUUAAAAAUGUCGAGUUUUUUGUCGAAAAACUGUUACUUUCAAACGCAAAUAUUAGUUUUACGAAGAAAACGUAUAGAAAAUUUUUUUUAGUAUCACUUUUUCCAUCAAUUUCUGUGGUCAGAAUGUAAAAACAAUUCCUCCCCCGAAAAGAGGUGGCAACCACCCCCAAGGUUUUGGCGUACGGUGGUAAGAUAGAUAGACAGAAAAUGAACUUUGAGCUAUUCCCUACCUUUUGUGAAAAUUUCAAGUAAAUCCAUGCAGAACGAAAAAAAUUGCGAGCCAAAAUGCAUCAUUUCCUAGACUAUAAUUGAUCUCGAUGCUAACAUUACAGGGUCGAGUAAUCAAAAAAUUCAAUGGGCAUCUAGUGGAAAUUAUAAUUUAACGAAACAUUCUAUUGAACAGGACAUGGGUAGAUUGAGAGUUGAUCAGCGAUAAUUAAUAAUCAUAAUGUCGUACAAUUGGUGAAACCAGUGUAUUUAAAGACUGCUUGACACAUUCGAUAGAAUUUAAGAAAUUAAUUUUAUUCAGUAUUUUGAUGUUUUCCGAGGCAGUGAGAAAUUUGUAUUUAUUAUUUCAAUAUGUUUGGUAUGUGAUACAGAACAUUGUAAAUUUAAUUUUAGUAUCCAAAUACAGAAUGAGUUUACAAUUUUUUUUGCAAUUUUUAUAAAUUUUUGUGCGCAAGGGUCAUGUGAAAUAGAUCACCCUAAAUAUUUUGUGUUUUUAGAAAUCUUUAAGAAAUACUUAUUAUUUAUCAUGUAAUGCCAUAAUUUCGGAGUUAUAGCUACAUUUACAGUAUAGAGUUACAAUAAAUAUUGUACAUUUAGAUGGCUACGAUUGAAUAAUUUGAAUAUUCUUUAAUAAUUUAUGCGCUAAUACAAAUCUCGUAUCAAGGUCUGGUGUCAGUAAGUUAGUUGAAAAGUUUAACGAAACUGGUCUAAAGGAUUCAUGUCGGGUGAUCGCGGGGGCCAUUCGAUAAAACCACGCCUUCCAAUCCAUCUUCUGGGAAACACAUUAUUUAGGUAUUGCCUCACCAUACACGCAUAGUGAGGUGAGGCACCAUCUUCUUGUAGCCAAAUAUUAUCGUAUUGGAUAUUGUUCUUGAAAAUUUUUAAUAAUGGAAGUUUUCUUUAAAUGUAAUUGAAAAUACUUACUUGAUUUGGAAAUAUCUAUCUAAUCUAAAUACGCCGUACCAUUUAAGUUAUCCCCAAUGAAAAAGAGAUCUACCUGACCAGUAUCUACAAUUAUCACAAUUAUCGUCAUCUGACAGUUCUUUAAAAUUCUCAUUACGGAUGUUUGCGUAAUAUCAAAUUUCCUGGAUAUUUGUCUAGUACUCAAGUGUAGAUCGUCUUCUAACUGGACACAAAUAUCUAAAGAUUUGUUUUCAGUUGAUGCAGUUUUUUCUGCGCCCUUAUUUGGAUGAAUCUUUUACUGUACCAGUUUUGUUAAACUUUUUUACUAAUUUACUGACAGUAGAUGUUGUUAUGGGAUUUCGGUUAGAAUAUAAAUUAUUGAAGAUAUUAUUUCUACGCAUAUCCUAAUAUCAUUAAAAUAUCAAUUCGUUCUUUUUCAAUAAACAAGAAUAAUAAUUUAUUGAAACGUCAAAUCUGUUAUUGUAGCAGUCAUAGCUACCUAAAUAUAUUAUUUUAACAUCGGUGGAUAACGCAAAUGUAGCUAUAACUCCGAAAUUUUGGCAUUUGGGUAUAGGAAACAUUAGAUGAAAAAUAAUAAGUAUUUCGAAAAGCGAAAAACACAGAUACCACCAUAAUACCCGCCGUAUCACAAAACCGUUGUACACAAAAUUAAAUUUGUACAAGCCGUUUCUGAGAUAAUUGAGGCGUUCCAUACAUAAAACUCACUCUGUAGAUCUGACUACAUUUGUGAUGUUUUUUCAAUGACGUUUUUUCAUUGAAUAUAAAGACUUCGAAGCAGAAAUGCAUAUAAGUGCACAAAAUAUAGGUGAAGACCUAUAGGACAUGCGCCAUGUACUUUUUUGCAAAGUUUUUUUGGAAUAUGUUCAAGGGUGUCUCCUGAAUAUAAAUCCAAGUGGGCGUCAUGGGGAGCGCCCGCGUCAGCCUCCAUCUUGAAAAACACGUUUUAUCAGAUAUCUCUAAAAAUAUAUAGUUAACAGCUCAUGAUAAAUUAAAAAUGGCGGUAACUGAGCUGAAAUUUCCUAUAAAUUUUAUGGGAAACUUUUUCUCGUUACAUUUAUAGUUUAAGAGCUGCUGCUUGGAAAAACUUGCAUCUCGUACAUUAUCAAUGGCAAUAUUGCUCUUUGUAUACGAAAAACAUUGCAUAAAAUGGCAUAUGUGACACAAAAAAGUCAAUACAGCUGUGUAUCGAAUCAAUUCAAAUUAUAAUUAGUAUGGAGAACUACUGAUAUUUUAUCUUUAAUGUUAUUUACAAGGGAAAACGGUACGUACCAUCAUAAAACAUUGUCUGUGUAGCGAAAAACAAUACUACACUACGCUACACCAAGAAUUGUUAUUAUUAAUAAUAAUAAUUAACGUUAUGAUUGUAUCAUGCUAUUUUAUAUUAUACUUUAUAAAUGUUACUCUAAAAAAACUGACGCAUCUACGAAAAUUUCAAUACUAAACAGGUGAGGGAACCAAACUAGCGUCACGAGGAGACAAAAACUGUUGAGAUUUACCUAUACAUACCUGAAUACUGUUGGAAUGUUAAGACGGGGAAAUUCCGAACGACCCGAAAUAGCAGUACAACUUAAUAAAAUCCUUUUUUUUUAACAAAGAAUAGUUUUUAAUCAAUUAUAUAUUUUCUAUUUUGCUCAAUGACUUUUGCCACCUUUCUUUCAGCUUCAUAAUUCCGCGCUCAUAAAAUUUCUGGUCCUUAUCAGUAAAAAACUGAACCAGCUGCGAUUGAAGGUCAUCGUCAUCCGUGAAAGUUUGAUUGAACAAAUAAUUCUGCUGACUUCUAAAUAAAUGGUAAUCAGAUGGUGCCAAAUAAGGGCUAUAUGAGGGAUGUGACAUCACUCCAGCCAAGCUCCAAUAGUUUCUAACGACUUGACAAAGUUGUGUGAGGCCUUGUAUUAUCAUGGUGGAAUACUAAACCUUUCCGAUUUGACAACUCUGCCCUCUUUUCUUUGAUUAAUUCAUCCAUUUUCAUUAAUUGUUGACAGUGAACAUUAGAAUUGAUCUUUGUGGUUCCUUGGAAACAGCUUACAAAACACUGGUUCGUCGAUUUUGCUACAUGAUCGCUUUCGAACUAUGUUACAGGACAUGACUCAUUUUUCAUCACCAGUGAUAAUUCUUUCCAAAAAAGGGUCGAUGUCAUUUCGUUUAAGGUAAAUAUCGCAAGUGUUAGAUAAAUUUCUUUCAAUUAGUGAGGUACCCAAAUAUCAAGCUUCUUAAAUAGCUCAAGACAUUUUAAUUGUUUUUAAUUUAUUGUGUGCGAUACACGUAACCAGUGUGGCCACAAUUUAAAAGCUGAAUGUAAAAAUUGAACUAGAAAAUGUACUAGAUUGUACCAACUUCAAACAAAUUUAAUAAAAUUAUAGAAAGAUGUAUAAACAUAAGUUUAAAUUAAAUUUUUUCUCCAAAAAUGUUAUAGACUGUGUCAAUUAUUAUUUUGAGGAUGAAAAAUUUAUAUAAAGUUUACCGAUAAAAUUAGCAAUGCAGUACAAAAAUCUCACGAUCUAAAUGUAAAUCAACUUGGCUCUGUUUUCUAAUUAUUGUUACAAUUUAGUACAAUUUCUAGUUUAUUUUAUUAAACGAAAAUAUAAAAUAACUUUAUAUUUGCGAACGCAGGGGAAAUGUAUUAGAAAAAAGGAAAAAUGUACUAGCGUAUUAAAUACACUAAAAUGUACUAAAAUUGUACAAUUGUACUAGCUCUGGCAACACUGCACGUAACCCCUUCGCCACCUCUCGAACAGUUAUAUGACGAUCCUCUUCAAUUAUGACUUUGAUUUGGUCAUCAUCAACUUCAGUAGGCCGACCAGAACUUUGCUCAUAUUGGAGGGAAAAAUCUCCAGAACGGAAUUUUUUAUACUAAUUCUGUUAAGCAAUCAGCACCAUAAACUUAACAUAUUAUUUCUUUGUGAGUCGCAGCAGAUUUUUUCCUUUACGGAAAUAAAGAAAGAAAAUAUGCCGAAAAUGUUCAUUUCUGCACCAAUUUUAUACCAAAAAAAGUUUCAAAUAAAAUAGAUGUCAAAAAUUAUUAUCUAUAAAAAUUAUUUUUUGUCGUACGAUGCGUGGUUCGUGAGAUAUCUGAUAAAAAAUAUUUUUCAAGAUGGAGGCCCCACUUGGAUUUACAUUCAGGGGACACCUCUGAACAUAUUAUUUUGCUCUGGCGCUUGAAUUAAUAGACAAGUCCAUUUUUCUGUUCUCGCAAUGAAAAAUUAUUUAAAAUAGAAUAGUUUAUUGAAAUGAAAAAUAUGAUGAGUAUUUUCCUAUUUUUCAAAACUGUUGUUUUUGUAAAUGACAAAUACCAUUGCCUUUUAGAAAUUUUGCACUGGAUUUUUUUUGUCUUUGUGCAGAUCAUUGUAUAAAUUCUGUAAUCGUUUAUUUAUCAUAUAGAUAUAAAGAAUAUUAUAUAUUUUCUAAUGUUGUGCUGUGAAUAAAAAGGAUUUGGAAUUACAAUGUAAGUUUUUCAAUUUUCUAUUUGUGAUUUUUGUAAUAGGUAUUUGUAUUGUUUAAGAGUUUGGUGGAAUCAUAUUAUUAUCUAAAUUUUGUUUUAAUAUAGAAUUUGUUUUUAUAAUA